AACUGACAGUAUGUCAUGAAUAUACCGUUUUUCGUCGAUAAAAAUGGGAAAAGAUUAUUACAAGAUUUUGGGCAUUCCAAAAAACUCAUCCGACGACGAAAUAAAAAAAGCCUACCGGAAACUAGCGCUGAAAUAUCACCCUGAUAAAAAUAAAUCACCAGGAGCUGAAGAGAAGUUCAAAGAAGUCGCGGAAGCCUACGAAGUCCUGUCCGACAAGAAGAAACGGGAUAUUUUCGAUGAGUUUGGAGAAGAAGGUUUGAAAGGAGGUAUUUCUGGCGGAACAACGGGGGGACAAUUUGGCAACGGGACUUUCAGUUAUACUUUUCACGGGGAUCCCAGGGCUACUUUCGCUCAGUUUUUCGGAAACGUCAACCCGUUCCAAGACCUGUUCGGGAUGGAUGAUCCUUUUCAAAAUGCCGGUGGGGCUGUCGAUGACCCAUUCAGCCAUUUCUUCCACAUAUCCAGUAACCAUAGGAGUCCCAGCAAUCAGCGGAAUAGUAGGCAGCAAGACCCCCCUAUUGAACAUGACUUGUACAUACCUUUGGAGGAUAUCAUGACAGGUUGCACCAAACUCAUGAAAAUCAAUCGCAAAGUCAUAAGAAAUGGUGUUCAAGUGAAAGAGGACAAGAUGUUGGAGAUCAAUGUGAAGCCAGGUUGGAAAGCAGGAACCAAAGUGACUUUUCCAAAGGAAGGUGACCAGGGUCCGAAUAAAAUCCCUGCUGACGUGGUGUUCAUUAUUCGGGAUAAACCGCAUAAAUUGUUCAGAAGAGAAGGUAGCGACAUCAAGUACACCGCCAAAAUAUCUCUACGAGAAGCCCUGUGCGGUUGCACAGUUACCGUUCCACUUCUGGAAGGCGGGUCCAUCUUCCUGGAUUACUCUCGAGAAGUCGUUACUCCCGAGACCGCGAAGAGGAUUCCCGGCAGGGGAUUACCCUUGCCGAAAGAGCCGUCACAGCGCGGGGAUCUGAUCGUAAACUUCGAGAUUCGCUUUCCGGAUCGGAUUCCAGAAAAAACCAAGAGGAUGUUGGCAGAAGUUCUGCCAUGAAUAGGCGAGUGGUUGAGUGCUGUUUGAGUCCGGAUGCGAUGGAAGAUCGAUAGGUUUGAGGAAAGUUCGUUUUAGACUUGAAAAACAAGUUUUGUGUUGACUCUAAUGGUUACUAGUAAGGCAUUUCGUGGAAAUUAUAACAUUAAUAUUAUGUGUAAGGCAGAAAAUUAUAUAAAUAGUUUCUUUACU